AUGUCCUCCACCUCUCCCACCUCCCCGCCAAAGCGCGACCCGGAUCCUGCAUCCGCAAACAACCAGGCCAGCUCCAGCUCCGCACCACCUCCGAAGCGUACUCGCUCUAGGAACGGAUGCCUCGUCUGCCGUGCACGCCGCAUCAAGUGUGACCUUGAGUGCCGUCGUUGCAUCAACUACUCGGCGCAAUGCGUCUACCCCGUCAAGAAGGCAUUUGACCCGAAGGCCGUCGAUGCUGCCCUUGGCAGCAGGCACAACCGCCCGUCCAACAUGGCCGCGACUGCUGCUGCGUAUCAAGACAACUUCCUUCCUCCCCGCCAGACACCUUCCCCGCCGCUGAACCAGAUUGACCAGCUCGCUCAUGCCGGUCCCUCACACGACCAAGGCCCGUUCCGCAACUCGUCGAUCCACCUUCCUCCGCGCGCCGACCGCAGGCGCCUUCUCGAUUCGGUGCAGCCUCUGGAAAUGGUGCAUGCUCUGUUCCGCAAGACAAAGAUGGGCAACUACUUCAACAACCCGAACAUCUCGCCUCCAGAGUUCCUCAGCCAUGCCUUCCCCGAGCCCGAGGACUUGAAGUGUCUUGCGCAUGCGUUCAGCUACGCACUUAGCAUCACAGUCAUCGACGAGGACCACAACCCGUGGAUCGAGCACCUCGCUCCAAUGUUCCUCUUCCCGUCGGGUGAAGCACCAUUGAGCGUUAGCGCCCUGAAGUACUCGGUGCUAGCAAUCGGAGCGACCCACUUGAGCUUCUUUGAAGCCGCGGCGCGGUCGAGCGAGGCGGAACACACACUCGAACUUUCGAAGCGCUACCGCCAUACCGCCCUCGGCCUGCUGCGGCAAGCCCGCAGAACGCCCGGAGAGCUGGGGCACGACGCCUUCCUCGCAGCCAGUCUCAUGAUUGUGGACAAUGAUCCGUUGCGCUAUGCCAAGGCGGCUAUCGCACACCGUGGUGGCGCCGGGAAUCUGCUCUUUGGGCGCGACUGGCGUCAGUAUAGCCGACGAGGCGUCGAUGCGUUCUUGGAUGGUAUCAAGCCUCCACCGCCUGCGCGCCGAUACCUUAUCGAGCACGCAGUCAUGCACGACCUCCUCUCGUGCUUCUCGACGGGCGACCCUCCCACGGUGCUCGACCAGGAUUCGUCGUGGUGGGAGCUUCUCGGAACAACAGGCUCGACAGAUCGGGAGUGGGAGAGUCUCGAGUCAUUGGUUGGGUUCGACCGGUCGAUGGUUCGCCUGGCCGCAACCGUCCUGACGCUCUACUCUCGCUGGCGCAAGUUCGAGGCGCACUACCGACCGCUAAACGAACUCGAUCCCGCCGUGUCGUUGCACAGCCCGGCUGCCAUGGAGCGCAUGGAGCUCUCGCGCCAGUUGACGAACGUUCAGGUCGAGAUGUCCACGUGGCGAUCGGAGGCACCUGCUCGUUACAUGGCGCCGCGCACAAUGAUCGGCUCGAUGACGCUCUGGCACGGGAUGCAGAUCAUUCUGCUCCGCGACAUGCAGAAGCGCGGGCGCGACGAUGCCGAUGUGCAGUCGAGUGCCUCGGCGAUCCUCGAGCUCUGCAUCGAAGUCGGCGACAAGGUCGAGUUCCUCAACUGGAGUUUGAUCGUCGCUUGCUCCGUGCUGCUGGAUCUUGACAAGCGCAACGUCGCCCGCGGCGUCAUGAAGACGUUUGCCUACCAAUGCUGUCAUGAGCUCGAGGUGUCGCGCGAGAUCAUCGAGGAGAUGUGGAAGCGCAUCGACCAGGGUUACGACGACGAGAGUUCGAACUGGCGCGAGGUUGCAAUUGAGAUUGGACGGCCGGCGAUAAUCGGUUAG